AUAUUGAGCUUAUGGUAAGAUGGUUAUUACCACAAUUAUACAUGAAUUGAUGGCAGGCAGCUUCCCUUAUCAAUAAUGUUUACCCUUAGUUGGUGUUUGUGUUUCCUUUGGUUCUCUCUCCUAUGCACACAGCAAACACACUCAAAGCCAACUGGCAACUUUGAUUGAUUCACAUAGAGAUAAAAUGGGAGGGGGGCGAAAGGAUAGAGCAAAGGACAAAACUAGUCUAGGAUUUGAAUGGGAUUCCUUUGUUUUUUUUCUUAGCUCUACUCUUCUUUCUCAUCUACUUAUAUAGGUAGAGGAAUAUCGAGUGAGAAUAAGGCAGCUUCUCUUGCAUCCUCAUUUUCUUUCUCUGUCUCUCUUUGCUGUGUUUGUAGAUUGGAGAUUUGGGAAUGAAUAUGUCUCGUUGCAGUAGUAGUGGGUGUGAGUCUGGCUGGACUUUGUACUUGGAUCAAUCCUCUCUUUCCAAGAAUCAGUAUCAGGGUUUUGGUGGGUUUGUUGAUGGAGGUUAUGCAAGAGUUGAUGAUGAUGAAGAAGAAGAGGAUUUGUCCAUGGUUUCAGAUGCAUCCUCUAGACCUCCACAUUAUUGUGAGGAUGAUGAAGAUUGCUUUGAUCAAUUGGACAAGAAGAAUAAAAGCAAAAAGAAGAGCAAAGAAUAUGAUAGAAGCCAGCAGCAUUCAUAUCUUGAUGAUACUGCUAGCUCUCCUGUGUUGGGCAAGAAAGUGGGCAAGAAUGAAGCUUCAAUGAACCAUGUCCUGGAAUUUUCACAAGGUUUCUCAGCUACUCAUUUCAAGGGGAAAUCUUCACUGAAGAAGCACUUUGGAUUCUUUCAAUCUUCUCUUCCAGGAAAAUCAGCUUCAGAAGAACCAGGUGGCUUCCAAGGAAAAAACUGGAAAUGACAAAUACUAGUGGUUACCAUCUUUUGUCUCUAUCAAUGCAGCUGCUGUGGAGAGAAAUAUGGAAGGGAUAAAAAGUGAAAAAAAAGAAAGGCAUUUGAUCUUAAAGUGAUUUUGUUCCCUUCUUUUUAAAUUUGUUUUUUCUAAUUUCUACUCCUUUUUAUAUGUUCCUGUCAAUGCAGUGGGAAACAACCUGUGAACAUAAGAAAAUAAAUUAAUUUAUGUCUUUAA